GUGGUCACGCACGACGUCACCUCCCUAAGCCCCGCCCCCGACGGCGCCUUCUAAACGCGUCCUUCCGUCUGCUUCCUUCUCUCUGCUCUUCUCCGCCGUCCUGUGUGCGGUUGAAUUAGUCCUUCGCCAUGUCUUCUCACAAGACUUUCAGGAUCAAGCGAUUCUUGGCCAAGAAGCAAAAGCAGAAUCGUCCCAUCCCCCAAUGGAUUCGGAUGAAAACUGGCAAUAAAAUCAGGUACAACUCGAAGAGAAGACAUUGGAGAAGAACCAAGCUGGGUCUCUAAGGAGCCUCCACAUGUGAGGUGGUGCACAUAUUGAUGCUGUGUGGCAGUUAUUUCCUUGCAUCUUACCAUAUCACUGAAAACGGCACGGCCACCGUUGGAUAUAUCUGGAAAUGGGUUCUCUUUAUGUUGUUGUUUCUGUAUAGCGCUUUGCCUCAGUAAUAAACAUGUGAAGGCCUCUCCUUGGAA